CCAAGUGCACUCAUAGCUACUGGUCACCCUACAGUGUGAAAACCGGCCGCAAGCAACGACGAAUUGGCUCAGGGAUGACCGCCGGAAGCGAAAGGUCGCUGGUGCACUGAAUCUACGCUGAAUGUCGUUCCACAUCCAUGCAGCCGUCGUCCUUGGAAUUUCCGGGAAAUUUCCCAGGUGAGGAUCUCGCUUGGGACCUGGAGAAGUUCAAGCAGAACUUUCAAAUCGUCGUUGGAUUCAUUGGGAAGGACGACAUGGAGUUCGAUAUGAUAGGGGUGGACGCGUCGAUAGCGAACGCAUUCCGAAGGAUAUUGAUUGGCGAGGUGCCGACAAUGGCCAUCGAAAAAGUUUACGUCCUGAACAACACAUCGAUCAUGCACGACGAGAUUCUGGCGCAGCGCCUUGGGUUGAUACCAAUCAAAUGCGACCCUCGGGCAUUCCAGUUCCGAUUGGGUACGGAGGACACGCCAACGGACGAGAACACGCUGGUGUUCAAACUAUUUGUGGAAUGCAAGAAGAACCCAGAAGCACCGACGUCUGCGGUGGACCCCAGUGUGAAGUACAUUCACUCCAAUGUUCUUUCUGGGGAUCUGGAAUGGAUCCCGCAAGGCCUGCAGAGCACGCGGUUCGCCAAUAGGCCCGUUGGACCCGUGAUUGACGACAUUCUCAUCACAAAGAUGCGACCGGGCCAGAUUAUCGACGUUGAGCUUCAUUGUCAGAAAGGAAUAGGGAAAGAGCACGCAAAGUGGUCACCUGUCGCGACUGCAUCGUACCGUUUGCUUCCCGAUAUUCAAAUCCUGAAACCCAUCACUGGCGAUUCGGCGUACCGCUUCCAAAAAUGUUUCCCAGAAGGCGUCGUGGCUGUCGAUGAGAACGCAGCAGAGGCUCGAGUCGUGAACCCCCGUAAAGACACAGUCAGCCGUGAAGUAUUGCGGCACCCAGAGUUUGAAGACAAAGUUCGGCUGACGCGUGUGCGCGACCAUUUCCUAUUCAGCAUCGAAUCAACCGGAAUCCUGCCACCACAAGUUCUUUUCACCGAAGCCGCCAAAUUGUUGAUCCACAAAUGCCAAGUGGUGAAGAACGCCCUGCGCGAUUCCGGGGCCUUAUCAUCUUAAGCGACGGGUCGCUUGAGUUUUUGCUUAGAUGAAUCAAAAUUCUGUACAUAGCACUGAAGGGGGUUUUUGUCUGCAUCAUAA